AUGGCUCACCGUGGGAAGUCUACUCCUAAGUAUAUUGGCAAGCUGUUUAUAAGCCAUUUCGGCAUCAUUGAUGGACUUACACCAGAACAUGUCAGGGUUUCAAUGAAGCAUAUGUUUGGCAUCAAGAUGGAUUACACUACCUCUUACAGAUCUUUGAUAUAUGCCCAACAAUUGGUCAGGGGAACAGCUGAAGAUGGAUAUGCGAGUCUCCCAGCUUACCUACAUUCAGUGAACAAAGCCAAUCCGGGAACUGUAUCAGCUCUUCAUGUAGAUUCGAAUAACAAAUUCAAAUAUCUAUUUCUCGCAUUUGGAGCAUCGCUUGCUGGUUUUCAGUACAUGAGAAGAGUUACUGUGGUUGAUGGAUGUCAUCUAAUAGGGAAAUACGAGGAUGGUUAUCCUUUGGUGAUAGUUUCUGACAGACAUAUUUCUAUUAAGAAAGCUUGUGAAACUAUUUUCCCAUGGGCAAAACGAGGGAUCUGCUACUACCAUCUACAACAUAACAUAGUAACAAAGUUUAGGGGGAAGCAGUUGCUGUACUUGGUUAAACGUGUGGUUUAUGCUUACAACCUUUAUGACUACAACCGGUACAUGGCGGAGCUGAGACAGAUCAAGCCUGACCUUGCUGACUAUUUGGAAGAAGCCGAUGUCUCUCUUUGGUCCCGAGUUCAUUUUGUUGGAGACAGAUACAAUAUUAAGACUAGCAAUGUUGCAGAGUCUAUAAAUGCUGCACUUAAGAAGGCCCGUGGCUAUCUCAUUUCAUUCCUCUUGGAUUUCAUACGAGAGAAGCUCGGUCAGUGGUUUUUAAAACGCAGAGAGGAUGCUUUGAGUCUCACAACACAUAAUACUCGGGGAGUGGAGUAUUUGCUGGCGAUUCGUGGACAUUAUGCAGAUGCAAUGGAGGUGGACCGAAUUGACACUUGA